UGUCUGAAGGUGUAAAUCAUUUGGUAACCCCUUCCAUGUACGCACAUCUUUAUCCUUGAACAAAAACUUGAAAAGCAGCCUUCCCAAAAUAACAGCAGCUUUCUAAAGCUAGGGUUUCCAGCAGGGCAUUUUGCGGAUUUCUGUUUAUACUUAAUCGUUCGCUCUCCGCCUCAACAAUGUUGAGGAAGGAUUCGAGUCAAGAGUUGACCCAACAUCCUUGUCAUCACUUAAAGAGCCAAAGUUCGUGGAUGGGGUGUAAGCCAUUGAUCUAUAAUUGGUAGACCGGAAGGUGGGGGGCACUACCUUUUUAUGGUAAAGGGUAUGAAAUUGGCACCGGAAUUCCUUCUUAAGCUGCUGGUUGGGGUGCUCCCUGUAGAAAAGCACGCAUCGAGAAAGAUAGUACCAAACGAGGUAGCAUAGAUCGGUAGGGCAAGAGAAAAGAGCGAGGACAGAAAGAAAGGCAAGUCUUUAACUCGGGCAAAAUGCCCCACGCUUUAUUGGUACUCUUUAAGAACAUCUGUGUGUGAAAGCACUUCACAAAUUUGAGGUCCGAUUUCUUUCUACAGCGAAUUUUUGCUUUCAAUCACGCGAAAAUCUGAAGUUCAAUUUUUCUCAUGUAGAAGAGAACCAGAUCGGAUGGUAAUACUAUAGGCGUGAGGAGAUUUUCACAGCGUAGAACAGAGGGUGGCAGGAAGAGAUCUAUACAGAAAGGAAACAUACCUACAUACGAAAUAGGAACUUUAUAAAACCAUUCUGUUGGAGUCAAGAACUUCAGGCUUUUUGAUUACUUUCUGAGCCUAUAACAAGUCUUCAAGUUCUCUCUCUUUGUUAAUUUCAAUGGAGCUGUUGAUGAGUGCUCGGGUAAAGAUCAGCCCAAUGCUUUCUUGUCAUUGCAAGCAGCAAAACUCUAAUUUUGUUCCUACAUUCAGUCCAAGAGUUACGAAGAGGGUGUUUGUUGGCCCAGUUGGAAUCAUGAAUAAUCCCAAAUCAUUCAAUUCAAUAGCUGGUUCAGUACAGCCACUAGAGGCAUCAGCAGUGGACUGUUUUGACAACACAUUACCAUCCAAAGAUGUCCUUGAGAUAUGGAGAAAUGCCGAUGCUGUAUGCUUUGAUGUGGAUAGUACAGUGUGCUUGGAUGAGGGCAUUGAUGAACUUGCAGAGUAUUGUGGAGCUGGAAAGGCAGUUGCAGAGUGGACUGCUAGGGCAAUGAGUGGCUCCAUUCCUUUUGAGGAAGCUCUGGCUGCCAGAUUAUCUCUAUUCAACCCUUCGCUCUCCCAGGUGCAAGAUUUCCUUGAGAAGAGGCCUCCAAGAAUUUCUUCUGGAAUUGACACAUUGGUUAAGAAGUUGAAGGACAAGAAUACAGAUGUGUAUUUGAUCUCUGGAGGCUUUCGUCAAAUGAUAAACCCCGUGGCAGCAAUCCUUGGUAUACCACUCGAAAACAUAUAUGCCAAUCAGCUUUUAUUUGGAAGCUCUGGGGAGUUCUUGGGGUUUGAUAUUAAGGAGCCAACCUCAAGAAGCGGAGGGAAAGCAACCGCAGUUCAACUGAUAAGGAAGGCUCAAGGAUACAAGUGUGUGGUCAUGAUUGGAGAUGGUGCAACUGAUCUUGAGGCUCGUCAGCCGGGAGGUGCUGAUUUGUUUAUCUGCUACGGGGGAGUCCAACUUCGAGAGAGUGUUGCAGCUAAAGCUGAUUGGCUGGUGUUCAAUUUUAAGGACUUGAUUAAUACAUUGGAUUAGUGAGCAGCCAUGUUUUUAUGUUGCAUUUCAUUAUUUGUUGGAUGCCUAAGUGCGCCACAUGUUACAUUUUUAUUCUUGUCUUGUGGCAUUUGGGUUUGUGUACUUUGUCAUGUUUGCAAUAAUUUGUUGGGUUUUUUCCCCUAUUUAUACGUUAUCGCACAAGUUUUGUUUUGCCA